AUGACCACCAUGACAAUCAAUACAAAUCAUUCUGUCAAAAAGCAGAACAGCUGCGGAAAAGUUUUGCUAUCCCGUUACCCUGACAUUGCCUUGACAACCAUAAACGCACCUAUAAAAAGGGGCGAACAAUAUUUGGUACUCAAGCAUCCAAAAAUCCACGGGAGACCACCAGUGAAGAAAUCUCUUCCUUCGUCGAAAGAUGUCAAGUCUAAAGAGAAACAGUUCGCACAAACGAUCCACGAAAAAGUGGAAAUUAACGAGAGAAAAACACAGAGAGCAGACUGCAAUGAAAACAUCAUCGACUCGACUACAUGCUCGUUCGAGCAACUUUGCAACAUAAUUAGCGAUCUCGAGAAAGACAUAGCUGUCAAGAUGCCAGAGAUAGAUCAGGUUCCAUAGAUGAAACAAAGUUUUGCAUACCGGAAGUAAACGACACCAUAUUUAGAGAAGUAUUUACUAAUCCAGAGUCUCUGUCUUGCGAGAUGCAAUAUAGAGAAGAGCAUAAUGACUACAGUGCCAGUCCGUCUAACGUUAACAACGAUAAUCACGCGUUUAAAGAAGAUUUAGCGACAGCCGAGUUGUUACUGGAAGAAAAGAACGCCACGUUAUCGCUGUUGAAAGAACAGCUAAAGACAGAAAGGAAGGCAGCUUGCGACAAGUUGGAAGAACAGAAGAGAAACAGUUCCUGCAAGUUGCAGCAACAAGAGGAGAAGUACAAGGGAAUCGUGAAGAGGCAUCAGAAAUUCAUCGAGCAGCUGAUCUCUGAGAAAACCGAUCUGACUGAGAAAUGCAAUUCGUUGGCGCAGAGAGUGAAGGAGAUUGAAAUAAAAAUGCAACGGGAUCUGAAGGCUGCAAGCGAUAGGCAUAACGUAGAGCUACAAAGAGCGAAGGAGUAUUUUGCUGCGGCUGAGAAGAUUAAACGAGAACGAUGGAUAGAGACUAGAACGACGAAGAUCAAGGAAAUGACGGUGAAGGGUUUGGAACCAGAGCUGCGUAACAUGAUGGAACAACACACUGAAGAAAUUCAAAGGCUACGAAACAUACAUAUGAAGGAAUUGCAGGACGCCGAGUUACGAAUAAUACGUCGUUCUAAUCAACAAUUAGAACAACUACGCUUGGAAUUGACGGCCAGUUACGAGAGGAUGUUGGCCAAUGAGAAAAACAUUUUAGGCGUCAGAUACCAAGAGAAAUUGGAGGAGCAAGAAAAUCAAUUUAAAACGCAACAAAUGAAAUUUGUCCAAGAAAUACAACGCGACAGAGAAAAUUUUACCACGGAACAGGCUAAACGGGAUGCUGAAAUGGAAGCCAGUUUGCAAGAGAAGCAUUUACAGCAUCAGAAAGAAAUGGAGAAUCUGAAGCAACAACAUUCGAAUGAGAAAAAGACGUUUGAGGAAUCAUUGAAGGCUGAGUGGGAAGCCUGGUUACUCGACUACAAGAGACAACAAAAUUCACGAAUCGAACAAGCCGAGAAUAAGAUAAAAAAUGAGUGUAACAAGGAGAGGGACCGACAAAUUGAACUUGCCAUCGAACGUUUGGAAAAGGAUUCUCGAAACGAGAGGGCCAUGCUUCAGCGAAACUUUGAUUGCAAAAUUAGAUCUCUGAGAGACAAGUACGAAAUAGAUUUGCAAACAACGAUAGACAACGAACAGCUUCACAAAGCUAAAUUAAUUCAAACGAAAGAUAAGCUGGAGAAAACUGAAAUUCAAUUGCAACAAGCGGAGAGCAAGUUGCAAGAAUAUGUAUCCGAGUUGAAUAAUGCAAAUGAGAUGAUCAAACGGUUAAGUAUGGAAAGAAAUAAUUCGAAAAAAUUGGCAAGACAAGAGAUCGAACAGGAAAAAAGAGAAUUGGAGGAAAAAAUUACCUCGCUUUAUCAAGAAAUAACUCGUAUUAAUGCAAAUAGAGACGCCUCGAUGGCUCAGUUGCACAGCAGAAUUAAAUUGAUAAUAACUCAAAAGGUAUUGACAAUAAAAAAUUUGACAAAAGAACUUCAUGACGUAAAAUUAAAGUGUCAACAUCUUGAAAAGUUAUUGGAUCAACAGCGAAGAGAAUAUAUUUUAAAA